AUGACUUCAAACUUGACCAAGAACCUCAAGCAACCGGCUUUGGACUUUCUGUCCUUUGUCAAUGCUUCCCCCACACCUUUCCAUGCCGUAAAUUCCGCCAAAAGCCUCCUUGCAAACGCGGGAUUCCAGGAAAUAAAGGAGAAAGAUUCAUGGGCGUCCACUUGCCGUCCCGGUGGGAAGUAUUACUUGACCCGCAAUAGCUCAACCAUCGUGGCUUUUGCAGUUGGUAAGAAAUGGAAGCCCGGAAAUGCUAUUUCCAUGAUCGGAGCUCACACAGACUCCCCUGUGUUGAGGAUCAAGCCAGUUAGCAACAAACGUGGCGAAGGUUAUAUCCAAGUCGGCGUUGAGACCUACGGCGGUGGUAUCUGGCACACAUGGUUCGAUCGUGACCUAGGUGUCGCAGGCCGGGCGAUGGUCCGGACCGACGAUGGCUCUAUUGUUCAAAAACUGAUCAAGAUUGACCGCCCAAUCCUCCGUAUCCCAACGCUGGCCAUCCACCUGGAGCGACAGGAAACUUUCUCCUUUAAUAAGGAGACUCAACUGUUUCCUAUUGCAGGCAUGAUUGCGGCUGAACUCAACCGUACCGGCCAGUCCAACAGUGCUACCAGUGGUGAUGCUGAAAAGACCGCUACCGCAGAGGGGGAGAAUGGGGAAUUCUCUCCGCUAAAGGCCAUCACGGAGCGUCAUCACCCGCACAUCGUAGAGCUGAUUGCGGCCGAGGCAGGCGUGAAGGCGGACAAUGUGCUUGAUUUUGAGAUGAUCCUGUUCGAUACGCAAAAGUCUUCCCUUGGAGGCUUGCUGGAGGAGUUCAUUUUCUCUCCGCGGUUGGACAACCUGAACAGCUCAUAUUGUGCUACUGCAGGUUUGAUUGAGUCUGUGGCUGAUGAUUCUGCCCUGGAUGAUGAGUCGACCAUUCGCCUUAUCGCUUUGUUUGAUCAUGAAGAGAUUGGAAGCACCACCGCACAAGGGGCGGAUUCUAGUAUGCUCCCGGGUAUUAUUCGCCGGCUGUCUGUCCUACCAUCUGGCGCUGGGGAAGCCGAUGCGUCCACCGCCUACGAACAGACUUUAUCGACCUCGUUCCUCCUCUCAGCUGACAUGGCACACGGAGUUCACCCCAACUGGUCGGCCAAGUACGAAAAUGAUCACCGACCGGAGAUCAACAAGGGACCAGUGAUUAAGAUCAACGCCAACGCGCGCUAUGCUACAAAUUCCCCCGGUAUUGUUCUUCUUCAGGAAGUUGCGCGCAAGGCUGCUGAGAACGGUGGCGAGGGUGUACCUCUGCAGCUAUUCGUUGUUCGCAAUGACUCCAGCUGUGGAAGCACCAUUGGACCCAUGCUCUCCGCUGCUCUUGGUGCUCGGACACUGGAUCUAGGAAAUCCCCAGCUAAGCAUGCAUAGUAUUCGGGAGACUGGCGGAACCUAUGAUGUGGCCCACAGCAUUCGGCUCUUCAAGAACUUUUUCCAACAUUACGCUAGCACUUCUCAGACAAUAUUCGUGGAUUAG